AUGAACAAGUCGGUCCUCUCGAUGUGUGCCGGGCCGCUGCUGCUCGCUCUGGCUGCCAAGGCCGGCCCCAAUGACGACUACAACUCGCCUGCCACGACCCCGUCGCCGACCACCGAGAUCUACCCCGACUUGGGCGAAUACUACGAGGCGGAGGUGACUCCGGAGCCGGUCGUGGACACCCCGGCGCCCUCACCCGACAUGGAGACCACGUCAGGGCCUACGGAGUACUACGUCGAGACGACGGAGGACGGAGACAUGGAGAAGAUGCCGAUGUCGGACGGUGGGUCGGAGAAAGAGGAAGAGGAAGAAGAGGAACCGAUCCCGAUGGAGAACCCGGAGGACGGGAUGUCCUGCUCCACAUACGACGAGGAUGUGGAUGUGGCCAAUAUCCUCCCCGAGACUUGCGAAUGGAACACCUACAUGUGCUGCUGGACCGGCCACGACGGGUCCGGGGGCAUGUACGGCAACACCGAUGUCUGCCGCGUGCUGGACUACCCUGAGGAGGGCGACGUCCUCGAACUGCCCCGCGACGAUGAAGGCCCUGUGUACUGCCACGGCUUCGCCUGGGCGGACGGCGCGGACAUCGACAGCCACAUCCUCCCGCUGUACCACUACGUGACGAACGUGAACCGCACCGACGACGGGGGGUACUACGGAAACGUCGAGGGAGUGCCUUCGUGUGGAUGUAUCGAGGACAUGCCGGUCGUGUCCGACGCGGCGUGCUCGAGGUUCGGACGCGAAGGUAUCGAGCCGUGCGGGGCCAACAGUCUUCGUUCCCACUACAAGAACAGGCUGGACGAGCCGAAGGGCGAGUUGGAAUACAAUCUCGUCAGAGAGUGCGACAACGAGGACGUGCCCGACUACGACUUCCGCACCUGCAACCACAACACGUACAUGUGCUGUUGGACGGAGAACGACGGUCAGGGGAUGGCCGACAACACGGAUGUGUGUCGAGUGAUCGACUACCCGUCGAUGGGCGAGACCACCGAGUACCCCGGAGAGAGCGAGGGAGAGGUGCACUGCCACGGGUUUGUGUGGCCGGAGGACGCCACCGACAAGUACAUCCACCUCCUGGCGCAGUUCGUGCAGCACUUCGACCACAGGGACAGGCGGGGCUACUUCGGAAACAUCGAGGGUGCGCCCAUGUGCGGCUGCAUCGAGGAAAUGCCACAGGUUUCCGAGGCCGACUGCACGACGUACGACAACGAGCCGGGCCGAGAGGGCAAGUUCACGGCGUGCACCAAAAACGACCUUCGCACCCGUUACGAAGAGGAGUACCCUAUGGGCGAGCUUGACAACCUUGUCGGAGAGUGCGACAACGAGGAGCUCUUCCCCGUCCCCACCCAACUACCCAGACACGAUCCUGAAGAAGUUGUUGAGCAGACUGCCAACGUCGGCCCCAACUACGACUACAACUCGCCUGCCACGACCCCGGCCCCUACCACCGAAAUCUACCCGAACUUGAGUGAAUCCUACGAGGCGGAGGUGACUCCGGAGCCGGCCAUGGGCACCCCGGCGCCCACACCCGACAUUCAAACCACGUCCGGGCCUACGGAGUACUACGUCGAGACGACGGAGGAUGGAGACAUGGAGAAGAUGCCGAUGUCGGACGAUGGGUCGAUGAGGAAUCGACGCCGAUGGAGAACCCGGAGGAUGGGAUGUCCUGCUCCACAUACGACGAGAGACGUGGAUGUGGCCAAUGUCCUCCCCGAGACUUGCGAAUGGAACACCUACAUGUGCUGCUGGACCGGCCACGACGGGUCCGAGGGCAUGUACGGCAACACCGAUGUCUGCCGCGUGCUGGACUACCCCGAGGAGGGCGACGUCCUCGAACUGCCCCGCGACGAUGAAGGCCCUGUGUACUGGGAAAUGGAAGAAAAGGCGACACUUCACUCACGUCAUUCUUCCCGAGGUGCACUGCCACAGGUUCGCGUGGCCGGAGGACGCCGCCGACAAGUACAUCCACCUCCAGGCGCAGUUCGUGCAGCACUUCGACCACAGGGACAGGCGGGGCUACUUCGGAAAGGUGCGCCCAUGUGCGGCUGCAUCGAAGAAGUGCCGCAGGUUUCCGAGGCCGACUGCACGACGUACGACAACGAGCCGGGCCGAGAGGGCAAGUUCACGGCGUGCACCACCAACAACCUUCGCACCCGUUACGAAGAGGAGUACCCCAUCGGUGAGCUCAGCAACCUCGUCGCCACGGCUUCGCCUGGGCAGACGGCGCGGACAUCGACAGCCACAUCCUCCCCCUAUACCACUACGUGA